AUGUUGAUCAAAGUGAAAACACUUACUGGAAAGGAGAUCGAGAUCGAUAUUGAACCGUCGGACAAAGUGGAACGCAUAAAAGAAAGGAUUGAAGAAAAGGAAGGUAUUCCACCACAGCAGCAACGACUUAUUUUUUCCGGAAAGCAAAUGAAUGAUGAAAAAGUGGUUCUGGACUACAAGAUUCAAGGCGGUUCAGUGAUUCAUCUUGUUCUAUCGCUUCGUGGUGGUCUUAUUUGA